CCCCGCCCACCUGAAAUACACACGUGUUUCACGUUUUCAAGCAUGGCUUCGUCGGCUAAGAAGAGAGCUCUGGGUUUGGGUGAAAAUCCAGAAGAAAGUGAGCACAGCUCGGAUGAGAACCCAGAGGAUGAUGACGAAUCUGCGGAGGACGACAGCGAUGAGGAAAUCAAUGAGGAGGUUUUGGUGGAUUUCGAGGCUCACGCAAUUUCACCUAAUGAUUACAAUGGCAUCAAGAAGCUGUUGCAGCAGCUCUUCCUGAAGGGUCAUGUAGAUAUAUCAGGGAUGACGGACAUCAUUAUCCAGCAGAAUCACGUUGGAAGUGUCAUCAAGCAAGCUGAAGUACCAGAAGACAGUGACGAUGAUGAUCCAGAUGAAGUGUUUGGCUUCAUCACUGUGCUCAAUCUUACAGAGAGAAAGGGUGUGCAGUGCGUGGAGGAGGUCAAGGAGCUGAUUAUGGACCAUUGUGAGAAGAACGCUCCUCACAGCGUAACGGAACACCUUGAGAAGAUAUUCAGUGACACAAGCAAGCCUGUGGGUCUGCUGCUGAGCGAGCGCUUCAUCAACGUACCUCCACAGAUUGCCCUUCCUCUGCAUAAACAGCUGCAGGUAGAAAUGGCUGAAGCCCAGAGGACAAACCAACCCAGUGGGAGGUGUCACUAUUGCAUGAUGAUUAGCAAGACCUGCAAAGAGGCAACCAAGAGUAUCCCAGCCAGAGGUGGAGCUCCAAAAGAGGAGUACAUGUUCCUUAAUGCAGAGGAGGAAUUCUUUCAUGAGCAAGCCAUCAUAAAGUUCCACUACUCUGUCCAAGAGGACGCAGACUCCUGUCUGAGUGGCAGGUGGUCAUUUGACGACGUUCCCAUGAAGCCUUUCAGGACAGUGAUGGUGAUACCUAUGGACAGAAUGCCUGCAGUGAUGGAAAAACUCAAGGAAUACCUGACUGUGUGAAGCGAGACUCUUGUUGAAGACCUGCAGAUUCAUGAAAAUGAAGCAAGAGGCUCUGAGUUUUGUCUAAAACGCCUACUACUGUUGUCAGUGGUUUCCUUAUUCUAGCAAUUUCUUUGGUGGUUAAAUAAGUACAAUGCAUCAAAUUAAAAGGCUUAAUGUUUAAUUUGUCAAUAUGAAUAAUUUACUCUACAUCCACAAGAAAACUUUUUUGCAGACUUCACAAAUAACUUGCAAGCUUGAGUCCAGUCCCAGAACCUUAUGUCAAAUGAUUAAGUGCUAAAUCUUUAACCAUUUCAUGUUAAAAUGCUGUUUUUUUCCACAUGAACAGUCUUCAAAGGAAGCUUCUAGAUUACAUUAAAAAAGAGAGGAAGUUCAUUCUUGAAAAUCCCAUUUCAAUUCCUAAGGCUAUAUGUAUUGUUAUAGAUGAGAAAUGAUAAAUGACAGAUGAGAAAAGGAAAUUAAAAUAGUAUUCUGGCAGCAAUUUGAGCAUAAGGUUAAUUUAUAAUAAAUCUAAAAGUACCUGGAUGCCAUUAAAGUAGUCUGAUGGAUAAGAAAGUGUUCACAGAUAUUCUGCAGUUUGUGUACGCCGUAAAGUGUCAGAAGAUUAACCUAAAAUCUUCUUGUUUUUUUUUUGUUCCCUACAUUAAGCAAAGUGUUGCAACAGACACCAUCUUUCUGCAGCUUAUGAAUUUAAAAUAAACUUUGGGAUAAACAUUU